AAAAAAUUGAAGGAUAUGUGUCUUAUUUUUUGACUUCUUCUCUCUCUCGCAACGCGCCUGAGAGUCCUCUUCGUCCUUAUCUAUAUCUUGGUUGAUUCGCUCUCUGAUCGGAAAUUAGGGUUUUUGUUUUCUGAAGAUGACGACCGCAGCACGACCUACCUGGGCUCCAGCUAAGGGAGGUAACGAGCAAGGUGGAGCUCGGAUCUUUGGUCCGUCUCAGAAGUAUUCGUCUCGUGAUGUCGCCGCUCACACAACUUUAAAGCCAAGGAGGGAAGGGCAAAACACUCAAGAGGAACUCGAGAAGAAAAAUCUUCGCGAUGAGCUUGAAGACCGUGAGAGGAGACAUUUCUCAUCCAAAGACAAAUCAUACAGUGACGAUAGAGAUCGCAGAAGAGGAAGUCAGCUUUUACUGGAAGGCUCUAAAAGGGAUCCUGAAGAUCGGAUUAUUCCUCGCAGUGUAGAUGCUGAUGAUUCUGAUGUUGAUAUCAAAAGUGAUGAUGAAAGUGAUGACGAAAGUGACGAUGACGACGAGGACGACACUGAAGCUCUUAUGGCGGAACUCGACCAGAUAAAGAAAGAGAGAGUAGAAGAGAGGCUCAGGAAGGAAAAGCAGCAGCAGAUGGAAGAGCUAAACGCCAAGGAAGAGGAACUUCUCAAAGGAAACCCACUGCUUAAUACUCCAACUUCGUUUAGUGUGAAAAGGAGGUGGGAUGAUGAUGUAGUCUUCAAAAACCAGGCACGUGGUGAAAUGAAAGCACCUAAGCGCUUCAUCAAUGAUACAAUCAGGAGUGACUUCCACAGAAAAUUCCUGCACAGAUACAUGAAGUGAUUGUUGAUUAUAAAGUGUUAUCGCUACUUGUCUGUAUGAUGAUUACGAUUUAAAGCUUUUAUUCUGUCUGGGAUUGUGAAGUUUCUAUACUCAAAAACUACCAAAUGUUUUAUGGUUUAUAUCAAAAACUUAUGCAUUUGACUUUAGUGUUA